UUCUUUUCGUACUUUCUUUUUUUGGGUUUUGCAAACACAACAAAUCAAGUAUUUUUUUUUUUAAGAUGAGAGGAUUACAAUUGGUAGAAUUGAGUUUGGUGUUUUUGGGGUGUUUGAGUAGUAUAUUUGUGAAAGCAGAGGAUCCAUACAAACUCUUUACAUGGACUGUUACUUACGGAAACCUUGCUCCUCUUGGUGUUUCUCAACAGGUGAUUCUUAUCAAUGGACAAUUUCCUGGUCCUAGGUUGGAUGUUGUCACCAAUGAUAACAUGAUCAUCAAUGUCAUUAACAAGCUAGACGAACCCUUUCUAUUAACCUGGAAUGGUAUUAAGCAAAGGAAGAACUCAUGGCAAGAUGGAGUCUUGGGUACAAAUUGCCCAAUUCCUCCAAACUCAAACUACACAUACAAAAUGCAACCCAAAGAUCAAAUCGGGACUUACUCAUAUUUCCCAUCUACGGCAUUUCAUAAAGCUGCUGGUGGUUUUGGUGGCAUUAACAUUUAUGCAAGACCAAGAAUUCCUGUUCCAUAUGCUUUGCCUACUGCAGAUUUCACUUUACUUAUCGGUGACUGGCACCGCACCAACCAUAAGUUGCUACGGAAUUGGCUGGACUCGGGUAAAGCACUUCCUUCACCAGAUGGUCUUCUCUUAAAUGGUCGGGCACGUUCACUUUUCAGCGGUGAUCGAGGAAAAACAUACAUGUUUAGGAUCACAAAUAUUGGACUAUCAACCUCGAUCAAUUUCCGCAUUCAGGAUCAUAAGAUGAAGUUGACUGAAUGUGAAGGAGCUCAUACCGUUCAGAGCUAUUACGAUUCCCUUGACAUACAUGUUGGUCAAUCUGUUUCUGUUCUAGUAACCUUCGACCAACCUGCCAAAGAUUACUACAUUGUAGCUUCCACACGAUUCACGAGAGCCAAUCUUACCACAACUUCAGUGUUGCGUUAUACUAAUUCCCAAGUUGAUGCUUCUGGGCCAUUGCCAGCGGCUCCUACAUUACUAAAACACUGGUCCAUGAAACAAGCUAGAACCUUCAGGUGGAACUUAACAGCAAAUGCAGCAAGGCCGAAUCCUCAAGGAUCAUAUCAUUACGGAAAGAUAACAACUUCAAGAAGAAUCAUUUUAAGUAACUCAGCUCCCAUUAUAAAUGGGAAACAGCGUUACGCUGUUAAUGGGCUAUCCUACGUUAACUCCGAAACCCCUUUAAAGCUUGCGGAUUAUUACAAUAUCACUGGUGUUUUCACUACAGAUGCCAUUGAAAGGGAAGACAAUCGUCCUACCUUGGCCACUUCUGUUUUGAAAGGUUCCCUCCAUGAGUUUGUUGAAAUUGUUUUCCAGAACAAUGAAAAUGAAAUUCAAUCUUGGCAUGUCGAUGGAAAUGAUUUCUGGGUUGUCGGUUUUGGUACACUGCCAUGGCAUGGGGGCAGACCAAAAUCCUAUAAUCUAAUGGAUGCUGCAACUAGACACACCGUACAGGUAUACCCAAAUUCAUGGACUGCCAUAUUGAUGUCAGUGGAGAACCAAGGUAUGUGGAACAUAAGGUCUGCAAACUGGGCAAGGCAGUAUUUAGGCCAGCAAUUCUAUUUCCGAGUUUGGACAGAGAUACAAAGCUUCAGAAACGAAUAUGAUAUUCCUGAAAAUGCUCUGCUCUGUGGUAAAGCCGCUGGACGGAAAAUUAAACGUCGUCAAGCAUAGUCCGGUCAGUCAGAUUAUUUCAUGUAUGGAAUUCUUUCUUUUGUAUUGUUUUUCAGUCACGAGAUUGUGACCGAAUGAAAACGUAGUUUAAAGAUAUUAAGUUAGAUUGUAGAGUACCUUCUCAAUUCGAGAAGAUGUAUUUUUUAUUCCUUUGAAAAAUGUAGUUAAAUUUUUUUAAAUAGAAUUGUUUUUUUUUAAU